UUCUCGGCCAGGCCUCCUUACGAGACGCUGGAUUUGGACCCUCUCGGCCUCGGAGAAUUCGGACUUUCAGCCCCCUACCCCGCCGCAUGUGGCUCUUGGAAAAAGCUGGCUACAGGGUGGGGGCGGCGGAGUCUCGGGCUCGGUGGGCGCCCUCCAGCCUGUUUCCUAAGCGCCGCACCCCCGGCCAGCUGGCUCGCGCCUGCCCCAACGUCCUCACCCCCGAUCGUAUCCCGCAGUUCAUCAUCCCGCCUCGGCUCUCGGACCCAGGCGGCGCCGAGCCCCCGGGCGGGCGCGACGCGGGCGGGCGCGGCCUCCCCACGGCCUGUUCGCUGCCGCACCUGGCUGGCCGCGAAGGCUGGGCCUUCCUGCCCGAGAGCCCGCACACGCGCCGGCGCGAGUCCCUGUUCCAUUCGCCGCCGCCCGCCCCGGCCGGGGGGCUGUCCCCCGCGCAGUCCCGGCUGCACGUCUCCGCCCCGGACCUGCGCCUCUGCCGGGCCCCGGACAGCGACACCGCCUCGUCGCCCGAUUCGUCUCCCUUUGGCUCGCCGCGGCCAGGCCCCGACCGGCCCCGGCCGCCCAGGCCGUGCUCGCUGUCCCCGGAGGAGGCGAGCUCGGCGGACACCAGCCCUUACACGCCGCGCCGCGCGGGGCCGCCCACGCCGCCGCUCUUCCACCUCGACUUCUUGUGCUGCCAGCUGCGGCCGACCAAGGAGAGCGUGCUGCGCCUCGAGCCCCGGGGCGGGCAGCUGCGGUUCUCCGCCGAGUACCAGGCCGCCCAUGGGCGGCUGCGGCUGCGCCUGGUGAGCGCCGAGGGCCUGCCCGAGCCGCGGGCCGGCCCCGGGUGCGGCGGCGGCGGCUGUUGCGUGGUGCUGAGUUUGCGGCCGCGCGUCCGGCCUCGGGGCCAGCGGAGCCGAGUGGUCAAAUGCAGCGCCAACCCCAUCUUCAACGAGGACUUCUUCUUUGAUGGGCUCGGUCCACCAGACCUGGCCACUCGCAGUCUGAGGGCCAAGGUGCUGGACAGGGGCGCGGGGUUCCGCAGGGACGUGCUGCUGGGGGAGUGUGAGACGCCCCUCAUUGCCUUGCUACCUCCCUUGGGUGGUGGGCUAGGUCCCGGGACCUCCCUGGCACCUGCCCAUCUCAGCCUUUAGCCUGAGAGACUGUCUCGCCCACUGGAUCUUCCCAUCUGCCGGGCAUGUAUUUAUUUUUGCUAAUAAAA